GCAGAGCACAGCAGCCUGCAUAAUGACCGGACACCACUGCUGGGGAUACGGACAGGAUGAUGGGCCUUCUGAGUGGUACAAAUCAUAUCCCAUUGCCCAGGGACAUCGUCAGUCACCUGUUGAUAUAGUCUCCAUGCAAGCAGUUUAUGAUCCUAGUCUGAAGCCUCUUAUUAUCUCAUAUGAAUCGUGUACAUCUCUUGAAAUCUCCAACAAUGGCCACUCAGUCAUGGUGGACUUUGAAGAUGCUGAUGACAAGACAGUGAUCAAUGGGGGGCCCCUUGAAGGUCCCUAUAGGCUAAAGCAGUUUCAUUUUCAUUGGGGAAUGAAGCACAGUCAGGGAUCAGAGCACACAGUUGACAGCAAAUCUUUUCCUUCUGAGCUCCACUUGGUUCAUUGGAAUGCCAGGAAAUAUGCAACAUUUGGAGAAGCAGCAGCAGCUCCAGAUGGCUUGGCGGUAGUUGGUAUUUUCUUGGAGACUGGAGAAGAACAUGCCAAAAUGAACAGACUAACUGAUGCCUUGUAUAUGGUAAAAUUUAAAGGGACAAAAGCUCAGUUCAGAACCUUCAACCCCAAAUGCCUCCUGCCCUCAAGUCUAAAUUACUGGACAUAUCCUGGUUCUCUAACAACACCUCCUCUAUAUGAGAGUGUAACGUGGAUAGUGCUGAAAGAGCCUGUCAGGAUUUCUGAGAAACAGCUGGAGAAAUUCCGAACUCUUCUCUUCACCAGCGAGGGAGAUGAAAGGAUACAGAUGGUGAAUAAUUUUCGCCCCCCUCAACCUCUUAAGGGAAGAAUAAUUCGUGCUUCCUUCAAGGCCUAAAGAAGAAAAUUAAUAAUGAGCUUCAAACUUCCAAGUGCUUCCAUGUCUGAAAGGCCUCACAAGAUCACUGAUCUUCAGAUGACUAUCUCAUUGAGAAAGUAAAACAGCCAUUUCCAUGAACACUUUGUGUUGUGGUGCAGAAAAAAGUCAAUACCUCUUGGUUUUAUGCUUUGCAUGGGCCAGAUCCAUUCUUUUAAAAUAAUUAUUAUGGGAUCUUGUUCUCUUAAAAAGAGAACAUUUUUAAAAAUCAGGAAUAAUUUAGUAAUCCAGGGUGUACUCCAGUAGAAUAGCGUGGUGAUGUUCCAUAUUAUUAACUAUAAUUUUAAGUUUGUAUCUUAAUAUUUUAGAAUGGGAAAUUGCUUGUGCAAUGAUCUAAUAAUAUUGAUGGACACAACUUCUAAUGAUUAGAGCUAUUGUCCAUAAUCUAAUAAAGAGUGGGAUAAUAUUAAUGAGCUCUGACAUUGGAAGAUCAAAGGCUUAGAUCUUCCUGCAUAUUUCCUGUGGAUUCUAUUUAGUUUGACCAGCUCCUCUCGUUUAGAAGAUACUUUGACUAUAUUCUAAUUAGUUGCAGUUGCCUUCUUACAUGCAACCAGAGCCUGAAACAGUAGCACAUACUAAAAAAUAUGUGAUUUCUUCCAUUCACCUCAAAUGGGGUUGACUUUGAAGCCUAAUUCACACAAUUUUAGUGUUAACAUUUUUAAAAUAAUUAUUAUUAAAAAUAACUCACAUUAGUGUUAUAAAAGCACUCAGUGCUUCACAAAUAACCCAUCUCCCUGCACAUCAUUGUACUUUGUACAAACUUUCACCCAAAGCCAGUAGGCCAUGCAUAAAUAUCGGGCCUCAAUGCUUAAUUCAGUUGAAAGGAUGUUCCUUAGGAAUAAGGCUACAUUCAGAUGACUGAGACAGCUGUUACUGUCCUUAAAAUAACUAGAGUAAAUGCAGUGUUUACAAGUGCUUAAUCUUAUUCCACUCUCUCAGAGCAAUGGGGUGGGGGAUUGUGAGAGUUUGCUAGCAGACUUAACCCAGAAGCAGUGAGGGCAGUUGAUUUUUGAAUAAGCAGGGGCCAGAUUGUGAUACUCACACUCAUGAACAGUACUACCUUACCCCACAAGUAGACCCACUGAAGUCAGCGUAUCACAAUAUAUUCAGUGUAAAUAUUUUAACUCUUCCUUGUGUUCACAACUAAAAUAGGAAUAAGGACAAAUCACUGAGAAAACAAACAACCCUGCCACAACAGAAUUAGUACAGAAUACCCCACGGACACCCACUUGGGGUGACCAGACAGCAAGUGUGAAAAAUCGGGACGGGGGUGGGGAGUAAUAGGCGCCAUAUAAGACAAAGCCCCACAUAUCGGGACUGUCCCUAUAAAAUGGGGACAUCUGGUCACCCUACACCCACUUAAAAGUCCUACAGCUGCCUUGUGUCGUGAGUUUGUUUGAUCUUACGAAACUAAGUAGGGUUAGCCCUGUCAGUGUUGGGCUGGGAGGAUUUCUACCUAUAUGCUGCAUUAAAUGGUGCUGGGAUCCUGCAGGUGGUGCUGUUCUGUGGGAGUGCCAGAUGUGUGAAAUAAUGGACGAGCUGCCAUGCUGCUGGAUGUGCUGUCAUUUACUAUGUCGGGUACACGUGUAGCGAUUGUUGUUAUGGCCUGGGUGUUAACCCUUCAA